AUGCAGGACAGCGGCAGCAGCAACAUGGAUAACAUGAAAAACCACACCAGCAGCACAUCCUCCAAGAGUUCCAUGUAUCGAACAAUGGUAGCUCGGACCGAUUCAAGCCAAUGGAGAGGUGCGGCGCGCAGCAAGUUGGACGCCGCAAUCCAGGAUGGAUCCUCCUACUCCUCUAACCUUGUCGUCAAAGACGAAGAAGAACCAGCGCUCCGCAACUACAACGAUAACGAUAACAACAGUUCGGUCCAAGAUGCUCCCUUGGACCGUGAUGAGUUUUUCAGGAUUGCCUCGUUCGUAGAUCCUACAGUGGAUACCGUCGAACCAGCAACUGAUGAGGUACCUCUCAACGAAACCCCGCAAGAAUUGGAUUCGCAAGACUCGAUGGCUCUGCGUCAGGCAAACAACAUCGAGCAAGAAGAAGAGGAAGACGAUGGUGACGAGGAGGAUCCCGACGGAGAAACAGAGUCGAAACAAGACACGGCCACUACCGAAGCGGAAGAACCCGAAAUUCCAUACAAAUACUUGAACUGGGAAGAGGAUAUAAUGGACGACGUCGAGUUGGGAAACGAUUCCCUCUAUGAUCAUAUUGGCGAAGUGGAAAUGGAUAAGAAUGCGUUUGAGAAGGCCAGAGCGCGGGAGGAGUACAACACGCGAGAACGUCGCAAGCAACUGCGAAGACAAGAAUGUCUAGCUGUGGUUGCCUUUGUGUUCACUGCAGUCAUCGUGUGCGUAACGAUUGGGAUCGCUCAAGGCAAAUCUACUAGCUCCCCGAAGGAUUCAAUCAAAGACUUCACUGGAUACAUCGAACCACUGGAAGAUCCGAAUAUUUUUAAUGCGGGAGAGGUUACAGUUAAAUUCCCCGAAAACGUGAUUGUUCCGGAAGGAAGCAAAGUGGUACACAUGGUCUAUGAUGGCCCAGACUGCAGUGGGACUUUCCGUGAUGGAGCUUCCAAUGAUAUAACGGGCCAAAACAAUUUCGUGAAAGUUGGUUUGUACACUACAGAGCAAGCUCAGCCAAGAUCCGCUGCAUUCAUGGGUGUGUUUCUUGAGUGGGAGACGAGUCAAGUUGAGCAGUCACCUCUCUACCGCCGUUGGUCGUCCAAUGGUGAGGCCCCUUAUGGAACAAUGGACCUUUGUGUUGGGUUGGGUAUUAUUGACUCGGACGGCAACCAACUCCAUCACGAGGAAACCUACAUAUUGACCACGUGGCUUGGCUCGUACCUCCAGAAAGUCCGAACGGUCCCAAUCACCCCAGACGAAUGA